AUGAAGUUUCUUUUCGUUGUUCUGGCCUGUGUAGCUUUCUCUGAGGCACUUUUCAGAGUCCCUCUGCAGAGGGUCAAGUCAAUGAGACAGCAACUGGCAGAGAAGGGGGUGCACCUAGCCCUCAGUGAUCCUGCAUUGAAAUAUGAGCCCUACAAGUCCCUGGCCUCAGCUGUCGUUGACCCAAUGGCCAACUAUGCUGAUAUAUCUUACUAUGGAUCGAUCACCAUCGGAACCCCACCGCAAACAUUUCAAGUUCUUUUCGACACCGGGUCAGCUAACCUUUGGGUGGAUUCUGUAUACUGCAACACCCAAGCCUGUAAUGCUCACACUAAAUUCAAUAGUACAAAAUCCUCAACCUACUCCAGCACUACCAAAACCUUCUAUAUAUCAUAUGGUACUGGGAGCCUGUACGGCAUCUUCGGCUAUGACUCUGUAAAUGUUUCUGGCAUUGUUAUUAAGAAGCAAAUCUUUGGCCUGAGCACCAAUGAACCUGGGCAGACCUUCCUGCAGGCCCAGUUUGAUGGCAUCCUGGGGCUUUCAUACCCCUCAAUCGCUGCUGGUCAGGCCACACCUGUGAUGGACAACAUGAUGCAACAGGGCCUGUUGCAGGACAACUUGUUUGCCUUCUACCUAAGCAGAAAUGGCCAGCAGGGCAGUGAGGUGGCUUUCGGUGGGGUCGACAGCACCAAGUACAACAGUCAGAUUUACUGGAGUCCUGUGACCUCACAGACCUACUGGCAGAUUGAAAUCAAAGGGUUCUCCAUCAACAAUCAGGAGACAGGCUGGUGCAGUCAGGGCUGCCAGGCUAUUGUGGACACCGGCACCUCCUUCCUCACGUGUCCCCAGCAGUACAUGGGUUACCUGAUGCAGGCAAUUGGUGCUCAGGCUGAUCAGUUUGGAGGGUAUUAUGUUAACUGCAAUGCAAACAACCUUCCCACACUCUCCUUCAAUAUCAAUGGUGUCAACUUCCCACUUCCCCCAUCUGCCUACAUUUUGGUGCAAAACCAAGGUGGAUACCCCUACUGCCAGGUGGCUAUUCAGUCCACCUACCUGACCUCUCAGAACAGCCAGCCACUAUGGAUUUUGGGAGACGUCUUCCUUAAGGAGUAUUACUCUGUCUAUGACCGUGCAAACAACCAAGUUGGAUUUGCCCAAGCUGUUUAA